AUGUCUUCCCAUAAUGACCCUGUUGUAAUCCCAAUGAUAGGAAGAAAUCCCAAUGACCUUCCUGGAAUGGACACCGGCAAUCCGAGCACAUUGACUGGAGAGGCUGUGCUAAGUUUUCAUAACAUCAGCUAUCAGGAAACAGUUCAGAGUGGCUUUGCAUUUCGCAAAAAAACACAUGUGGUAGAAAGACUAUCAAAUAUCAGUGGGAUUAUGAAACCUGGCCUUAAUGCAAUUAUGGGACCUCAAGAUGGGAGCAGAUCUUUGUUAUUACGUGUCUUAGCUGCAAGGAAAGAUCCAUGUGGAUUAUCAGGAGAUAUUUUGAUAAAUGGAAAACCACGACCUGCUAAUUUCACAUGUAUUUCUGGUUAUGUGCCACAACCUAGGUCUAAAGAGCUUGAGAAAAGAACCAGUAUAGCAAUGGAGCUGGUCACUGAGCAUUCCAUUUUGUUCUUGGAUGAUCCCACCACUGGCUUAGACUGGAGCACUACUACUGAUGUCAUCUCCGUCCUGAGAAGGAUGUCUAGGAGGGGACGGACAAUCAUCUUCUCCAUUUAUCGGCCCCCGCACUCCAUCUUCAGACUGUUUGACAGCCUCACCUUACUGGCCUCAGGAAAAGUCAUGUUUCACGGGCCUGCACAGGAGGCUUUGGAGUACUUCCAAUCCGCAGGUUACAACUAUGAUUCCCACAACAACCCUGCAGACUUCUUCCUAGACGUCAUUAAUGGAGGCUUCUCUACUCUAUUAGAUACAGAGGAAGAUGACCAUGAAGCCGACAAAUAUAAAGAGCUUUCUGAGAGACAGCAUGAAGUCACAGAAGAAUUAGCCAAUAUGUAUGCCCAGUCCUCCUUAUACAGCAAAAUGAGAACUGACCUGGAUCGACUCUUGGGGGAACAGAAGGCAGGGAAGAGCUCAGCCUUGGAGGAGAACACAUGUGUCACCCCUUUCUGGCAUCAGCUCCGGUGGAUUAUCUGUCGUUCAUUUAAAAAUUUCCUGGGUUUUCCAUGGGUCACUGGGAUCCAGGUAAUCUGAUGAGUUAUUUUAAUUUUAUUGUGA